CUCAUCUGCCCCCGUGGGUCACAGUCCGCGUGACCCGGCUCCCGUUUGCCCGCUCGCCCCCUUAGCCGGCGCAGUCACCGCGCGGGGCGGCCGCCCGUGAGGUAACUACCACGGCUUGUGACAACGAAAAAGCUCCGGGACAGCUACGCCCUCAGUGACAGCUGGGCGGGCGGCCCCGGCCGGGAGCGGCGGCCGGUGCGCUAUCGUGAAGAGGGAGCGGUGGAGGUGACCUCCGGCCCGGCCCCGCACCAGCCACCUGGCAGGCGAGACAUGAGCCUGGUCUGGCACCCGCGGGAUGCUCCUUGAGCCCCUUCUCUGGCUGUUACCUCCAGGGGACGGUUGUGGCCACAUCGACACGUAUUUUCCAAAUAAAUCAUUGUUUAUUCUUGCGGCGGCGGGGCCGAAUACGUUUAUUUAUUUUUAAUAUUCUCGACAAGCAUUUACCCAGCACUUAUCCAGCGGAACACCUUGGUGAGCGUUUGGAGGAGCAUCCGCCAGCUUAGGAAAUCACGGAGCGAGCAGCUUGGGGAAGCCCGCGUUUUCAUCCCUCCUCGUAUGUGUUGAAGACUGUUGCAUCUUGUAACUACCAGUGUGCACGGAAUCCUACUCAAGGGACGUCUUGGCCCAGCGAUGCAAAGAACUGAAGUUUCAAGCUGGAAGAGCCUGUGUUGUCCUCAUAAUAGUACAGAAGAAUUCAAGAUAAGAGAAAGAUAUAGCAGCGAAUGAAGACUAUAAAAGAAAAGAAGAAGGAACACCAAAGAUUGAGAAAAUCUGCCAAGAUAAAGAGGGUUACCCAGAGGACACCAUCUUCAGGGCCUGUUUGCCGGCUAUGCCUUCAAGAACCUGGGGAUCCCGAAAAAUUAGGGGAAUUUCUUCAGAAAGACAAUCUGAGCGUGCAUUAUUUUUGUCUUAUCCUAUCUAGCAAGCUGCCUCAGAGGGGCCAGUCCAACAGAGGUUUUCAUGGAUUCCUACCUGAAGACAUCAAAAAGGAGGCAGCCCGGGCUUCUAGGAAGAUCUGCUUUGUGUGCAAGAAAAAGGGAGCUGCUAUCAACUGCCAGAAGGAUCAGUGCGUCAGAAACUUCCAUCUGCCUUGUGGCCAAGAAAGGGGUUGCCUUUCACAAUUUUUUGGAGAGUACAAAUCAUUUUGUGGAAAACAUCGCCCAAAACAGGACUUCCAACAGGGGAACGUAGGGGAAGAAAGCUGUGUCUUAUGUUGUGAAGAUUUAUCCCAAGCAAGUAUUGAGAACAUCCAGAGCCCGUGUUGUAGUCAAGCUGUCUACCACCGCAAGUGCAUACAGAAAUAUGCCCAUACCUCAGCAAAGCAUUUCUUCAAAUGUCCACAGUGUAACAAUCGAGAAGAGUUUCCUAAAGAAAUGUUAAGAAUGGGAAUUCACAUUCCAGACAGAGAUGCUGCCUGGGAACUUGAGCCAGGGGCUUUUUCAGAGUUGUAUCAGCGCUAUCAGCAUUGCGAUGCCCCCACCUGUCUUUAUGAACAAGGCAGAGACAGCUUUGAGGAUGAAGGGAGGUGGCGCCUCAUUCUGUGUGCUACCUGCGGAUCCCAUGGAACCCACAGGAGCUGCUCCUCUCUUAGAUCUAACAGUAAGAAAUGGGAGUGUGAAGAAUGUUCAUCCUCUGCUUCAGCCGCAGACUACAUACCUGAAAACUCAAGUGACAUCCCCUGCUGUAGCAACACCUUCCACCCUCAGGAGCAUUUCUUGAGAGACACCAGCCUGGAGGAGAAUCCAGGCCCUUCAUGGACUGAUUGGCCAGGACCUUCCUUAUUAGAAAAGCCAGAGUCCUCUGGUGGUAGGAGGGACCAUUCCUGGCGGUCCAGGGGUGUCAAAAUCACUAAGAGGUACAAAAAAUCCAAGUAACAGCUUCUGAGUAGUUGCUGCCCCAGCCUACUGGCUGUGAAGUUGCACUCCUCCGUUGGAUUUGGGGGAGGAAACACCCUGGAACUGUGAGACAAGGAAAGGGUGCCAACAGUGAGACUGUGAGCUAAGGAAAGAAAAGUCCCAGGAGAGAGCGAGAGGAGAGCAGAGUUCAGAUGCCAACAAGGGACUAGCUGUGGCUGUGACUUCAAGAGUGCCUCUGCUCUUUCUCCUGAAUUUCCAAAGGGCCCGUCUUCUCUUCCACCAAGAUCCUUCCACCUUAAUCUCGUUCUCAUUUGCCUCUUCUUACUUCACCCACGUUCGUUAAUAUGCAAAUAAAGGUUUUCUCUCCA